CGACUCGUUGCGGAACGACUUGUGUGGAACGGGCGGCGCGGAACGGCCGACUCGAUGGAAGUGCCACAGGAAGGAAUUCCAUCCCCGGAGUUUAUUUGUCGCUAUUGUUCCACGAAGAUUGGAAACAAAGGAGGCCUUGUAAUGCAUGAACGCCACUGUGGCCCCGCCAGUGGCGCCAUCAACGAAGCUGCCAAGCGGAAGAAGUCUCCUGCAGAGGUGCCUGAGCCCGCGGCUUCUGCAGAGGCCGAUGCGGAUGCGGGGCCUUCACCGGCAGGGGAAGCCGCCAAGCGCAGAAAGUCUGUGGCGGAGGCUCCCGCCGGCCCAGAGGUUCUGAAGGAAGCUCAAAGCGGACCGCUUGUUCCAGCAGGCACCUCUGAUGAACAGGUCAAGCGCAAGCGAGGCCGCCCACGAACACGACCUGAGAAAAUCAAGAAGGUCAAAAAGAAGAAGAUGAAACGAACGAAGAUUGGCCGGCCCAGCAAGAAGGAGUUGGAAGAGAGGAAGGCACAAGAGUCACAAGAGGAGUCCGAGGGCAAAACAGAGGCCCCUCAUGUGUGCCACUGCAUAGAGGGUGCCCGGCCGACUGUGUACUUUCCCCAAAGCUCUGAGAGACCGCCGGCCACGCUUCUGCCGCCGGACGCCACGGUUCGGCCGAUGUCGGAGCCGCCGGCGGCUGUGGCACCCGCCACGACGCACAGGCAGACGGUGGAAGCCGGGCAAGACGAAGGUUUAGAAGCUCCUGGUGCUUGGCCGGGUUUAGGAGAACUACCUGAAGGUCUUCCAGAAGACUUCAGGAGCCUGUUGAUCCUUGGCCCAUCGGGCAGUGGAAAGUCAACUCUUGCGCGGACGCUGCUCAAGAAGUACUUCCCCAAAUACUCCGGUCCCUUGUAUCCAUCGGCUGAGUGGCCAAAAGGAAAAGCGGUGAUCGAGCAGUUUGACGACGCGGAGAGAGGCCGUGACUGGCUGACGGGCGUCGGCCUGGGAUCGGUGCCCAGCUGGGUCAAGCCCUUUGAGGUCCUUUCCACUGGAGAGAGGUACCGCGCCAAUUUGGCCUUGGCCCUCCAAGAGCGUAGCAAGGACCCUUCCAUGCCGCUGGUGCUGGACGAGUGGACCUCGGAGCUCGACCGCGACCUGGCGCGCUGCUGCUGCGUGGCCUUUGCGAAGCGGAUGCGACGAGACUUUCAACUUCAAACUGAGGUGAGACUCAAAGAGAAGGCAUGUGAAGGGCCGGCUGCAAAGGCAAAGGAACAGCAAAAGGAUGAAGAACACGAGGAUGUCAAGAUGGGCAAGGAAGAUCCCGAAGUCCCUGGUGUGGGUGCUGCUGAGGAUGCAGCUGAGGAGAAUUGGGCAGGAGAUCACGAAGGAGAAGAAGAAGAGGAUUGGGCCGAUGACCCUGUGUUGGAGGACAAAGCCGAUGCUCAGCCGAAGACUAGUGCCUCCCAUGUGGAGGUGGAACCAGAGCCGGAGACCAAAGAGCAGGUUCAAAAGGGGCCCUACAUCUUCGCCUCAUGCCAUGAGGAUGUGCUGGAGUACCUCCAGCCACAAUACGUGUGCUUAUGCCUUCCGGGCUCCGCCCCACGACUGCUCAAAAACCCUCAUGAGGGGCAGCUGCCGUCACUGCAUGCGACCAUCACAGGGGUGACCGAGCCCAUUGGGCAUCACCUGGUUGGAAGCUGGAUGCCCAAGAACAAGAAGAUUCAACCUUUCCUCAUCACGCACAAGGCCAGUGUGAAGCCGAACCAAUUCACGGUGUUUUUUGAGGGAGGUGGCAAGAUUGCUUGGCUUGGACAAGAAGCCGACGGGACCUUUGUGGGCAGUGGCAAAAUCAUGGGUACGACGAAGACGAUGCGAAUCACAUCGCUAAGCCCCUAUGAGCUGAGUCUUGAGCUCGACAAGGGAGAACCCGUGAAGGCGGAGCGACGGCGCAUGCCGGCGAGCCAUCAAAUCCAUGCCCUCACGGCCGACCCGGAGGAGUCGGUAAAGGCGACCAGAGGGUGCUCUUUGGACUAUGCCCAGUGCAGACGUGACUAUCUUGAGGCCAGCGGGUGGUAUUUGCCAGAUAUCGCCAUGGGCUCGAGCGACUCGAGCCGCUACAAAGGGCUGUCUUUGGGUCAGUCACACUCCGUACGAACGGUGGAUUUCCGCCCUGAUGCGCGCCUGGAAAAGGUGGACAACGACCAGCGGUACCUGGCCAGCUACGUGGGGCUGGGGCCGAAGCUGGCGAAUGUCGCGAAGUUGUUGGACAUCCCAUUCAUGGGAUUGGUCACCCAUCGGCUGGACAACUUGCCAUUGCAUGGAGGGUUCGCACUGGGCGUCAUCACAGGCCCAUCAGGAAGCGGCAAAGGAACUCUCGCAAGAGACAAGUUUGGGCCAAGCCCAAAGAUUGAGUGGUCACGUGAUCCCGUCAUCGCACACUUCGUCUCCUUGGACGCUGCGACGGACCUACUCCAAGCGGCCAGCCUGGAUUUGCUCACGGCCAUGCGCCCGUAUGAGACGCUGAGUGCCGGUGAGCAGGCCCGCGCGGACAUGGCUCGUGUUCUGGCACUCGGUGUGAACUCAUGCAAAGUCUUGAUCCUUGACGAGUUCACAUCUUUGGUCGACCGUGCCACGGCCAUGAAGAUGGCAAAAGGAUUGCAGCAGCUCAUCAACCAGAGGAAGCUCCAGGCGCCCAUUGUCGUCGUCAGUUGCCACAGCGAUUUUGUGCGAAAGUCGGUGUUGGAGCCUGACUGGAUCUUUGAGACCCACAACCACCGCCUUUUCACCGCGCAAGUCCCAGAACAACCAGAACCUGAAAUUCAAGAAGGCAAGAAGAAGCUGGAGGAAGCUGUUGAGAACAAGUGCAAGGCAGAGAAGGAAAUGGAAGCGUUCAAGAGUUUCAUGCUUCAACACGCAGGUCAUUCAUUCUUCAGCAACGUCUACCGGAAUGAGGUCUCCGCCUUCGUGGGCGCUUUGCAGGUGUUGGGUCGACAAGAGCUUCUUGCCAGAGAAAAAGAUGUUUUGCAAUUUCAGCAUGAGCUUCAAGAGCUGCAAGAAAAGGCGGCCACUGGGAGGAAAGAGAUCACGAUACAGGCUGAGGAUGUGCUUCCAGUGGAAAGGCCUGACAACGCCUCUAGUUUGACGAUGGGGCAGAUCCCCUGGAAGAUCCCAGUUGUUCAGCUGGUGCUUCGACGUGCAUUGCCUCGCGAAUGGGUACACUUUCGGCAAUGGCACUACAAGGACAAGUCGCUCAUGCAAAUGUCGGCGUGCUUCGUGGGGGUCAUCGCCGGCCGGCCAUGCGUCUUCACUGCCUUGGUCACCGAGAGCCACAACUGGAUCCAGCGAUCUUGUCGAAAAGGCGUUGAUGGACACCCGACGUGCCAAGGGUGGAACCAGGUCGGCUAUCCCCAGUGCUUCCUCAAGCAGAGUCAUCGCCGACUCUUUCGAGAACACCGCACCGUGGUGCUUCCAGAUUUCCAAGGAACUGGUGUCGCCGGUUUGGUGAGCGAUUCCCUCGCGCUCUACUUCCAAGACAUCGGGAUGGAUGUGACCUCGCAGACCGUGCACCCAUUCUACGGCUCCUUCAGGGACCGGUCGCCGUUCUGGAGGCCUCUUCCUACCAACCGUAUGGAGAAGAGUGGUCUGAAGGGCAACUUGAAGUAUUCCCACGUGUUCGUUGGAGCUUAUCGGCCUGAUGGCACGAAGGAUGAAGCGCGUGAGCAACAGCUCAGGAGUCGGGUGUCCAUCACCAUGAAUCAAAGCGCUGUCCUGCAAGACGAAGAAGUCCCUGAACUGUCUUGAGACGCGAGCAGCGAAGAAGAAGAGGCCGCGAGACCGUUCAAGGUGGGCGCUAUCUGAGCCUCUUGGGGGGGGGCGCAAGGUCAUGGGGUGAAUCUUGUGCACGCAACAAUCUGGCCGAGCUGCCGUGAGCAGCGGCCCAGAUGUUUCCGAUGCUUCCGGCUGCGCAGCCGAUGCAAA